CCAAAACUGGAAGAAGCAGAAAGCAAGGAAUGGAGAUGGGAAGUGCAGAAAGCUGUGAGUCUUACUUUGUUUUCAUGAACUAUGAUCCUGAAUACCAGCGCCUUCGAGCUGAUCGAACAAAGAGAGGGGCAUAUGAGCUUGAUUUGUAUCUAAGCAAGAAGCAUGAUGAGCUGCUGGCAAGAGCCCUUGAGCCCGGCAGCUACAAGAAGAUAUUAUCUUUGGUCAUUGUUGAUGGGUUUUCAGUAGAAAUUACUGAGGAUCAGGCCAAUGUGCUCAGAUCUGCAAAUGGAGUGAGGGUUGUGGAGAAGAAUCAAGAGCUUGCUUAAUGUAGCUAGCAGAGAAGACGUUUAUAAUUAAUGUAGGUUGGGAAAUGUCUAAUUAAACUAUAUAUGACUUGUCCGAAAAGGAGGAUUUUUGGAGAGAUUUGCAUUGAGAAUCUCGUGUGUUGAUCAUGAUGCUUUUAUAA